AUGAUGCCGCCUUUGCCAGACAACACCAAACGGCGAGGGGACCGGGGGAGCCGGGACGAGAGGCUGAGCGCCAGCGUAAAGCCCUCAUCGGUAGCCCGCAUGCUAUCAGACCGGCUCCCAGAGCGAUUCAAAGAUGGAGAUGAUUCUCAGGUUGAUUUCACAGCUCCACCGCGGGGAAUGGGCUCUCGAGAUGGCAACGUACACUACAUGGGACAGUCGCUGUUCUCAGUCAUAGCCGCCGUUGGAUCUAGGUCCAAUUUCCGCGGGCGGUUCGACGACUCGAGUGACAGUGACGAAGAUUUGGAGGAUAGGAGCGCGCCUAUUUCACCUAAGUCUGGGUCUCCAGAACAAAAACCAGUCUCAACCCGAGACCUCACCAAAGCGUCGAAAGAAUCGACACCCCAGGAUGAACCCAACGAGCGAGGGCGUCGGCAUCGGAGAACAAUAUCGGACAACAGACUCAUUCGGAAGUUCGCCGAUAUACGAUCCAGGGACGACCAGCCCGACGACGCCAUGGCCACAAGUGUUGCGACCCUAACAGUGCCCCCUCGACGAACACGCAGCGUCACCCCUCGUGCAGCCCCGAUUUUGACCCGGAUGGUUCAAGCUCAAACCCGCUUUGAUACUACCUCAACAAGAGAAGAAACUCUUCCGAGACCACAAACUCCGAUUGAAGAUCGCCCACAAUCCUCCUCUGCUCUGUCCACUCGCCUAAUGGAGAUGUUCGGCUUCCAAAAACCGGAGAAAGUGCUAGUCGAAUAUGCAUGCGCACUGCUGCAGAGCAUGCUCCUUCAGGGCUACAUGUAUGUUACAGAAGGGCACAUCUGCUUCUACGCCUAUCUCCCCAAGAAAGCAAGCGUUGCGAUCAAGUCUGGUUAUAUCACUAAACGCGGCCGGAAAAAUCCGAAAUAUAACCGCUACUGGUUUGUCUUAAAGGGCGAUGUCUUGUCCUAUUAUGCCGAUCCCUCCAAUCUUUACUUUCCCAGUGGCCAUGUUGAUCUUCGUUAUGGAAUUUCCGCGUCCCUCGCGGAGCCCAAAACCAAAGGGGUCGAGGUGAAAGACUUCCAGGUCACAACUGACCAGCGAACUUAUUAUUUCAGAGCCGAUAGUGCAGCCAGUGCAAAAGAGUGGGUUAAAUCCCUCCAGAAAGUCAUAUUCCGAACCCACAAUGAAGGUGAUAGCGUCAAGGUUUCAUUUCCUAUCGAGAAUGUGAUUGACUUGGAAGAAAGUCCAAUGGCUGAGUUUGCGGAAACUUUCAAAAUUCGUGUCAUCGACAGUAAUGAAACGUUUGCUAUUGAUGAGUACUAUUUCUCCUUUUUCAACUCUGGCAAGGACGCGUUCGGCUACCUCAAAAGCUUGGUGAAUUCUUCUCCUGCAAAGACAUCACCUGACGGAUCACCUUCUAAAGCGGAUCGAAAAUCCGAGUCCGGAUCUAACCCUGAAGAUCGAAAGAGCACCUCUAUGGUCAAUGACUUUUCCCCUCAGAAACGAGCUCAAGGUUCGAGGCAGAGUGCAAGCUUUGAAAAUGACCACCAAGGGUCCGGAGAAUCGUUUGCCAAUUCGGCUGAUCAAGAAACCGAGUCUUCAGCAGUUGUACAGUCCAUAACUGAAACAACUGAGUCUGCUAGCCAGAUACUCAACCGAAGUGACGUAUUCCAGUCUCCCACAAUCCAGCCAAUCCCUCGGCGCUCAUCUGAUGCGGGUGAUGCUGGCCGACGGAGAUCUGAGGAUACAGCUCGCUCUUCAUCAGCCCGGCUUGACGAGAUGCGAAGACGGGACAGCUUGGGAAUGCCAAGCCCUAGCAGAAACGCCGAAAAUGUUCGCUUCACUUCCGGAGUACCGGGUCCAAAGAUGUUUCGGCCACUUGAGCAUGCGUCCACUGUGCCUCUCGUCAAAGCCGGAGCGUACCCACUACAGCGUGCUGCAGGUAUUGCAGAGUAUCUGAAAAGCCGCUCCAAACAGAUGAGCACUCUAUUGGCAACAGAGUCGAUGGGUUAUAUCGAAAAGGUAUCUGGGAUGUGGGCUGGUGGUCAAAGACAUUACGGUGAAACAGGAGGUGUAUUGCCAGAUGACCAAACUGUUUAUACUGGAACUAAAGAAGGCGAACUCGCCCAUGACGAUCGGUUCCGCACACAUUUUGCCCUACCGUCGACAGAACGGUUGCAAGCAACGUAUUAUGCUUACCUAAAUCGUGUGAUACCUCUCUACGGCAAAAUUUAUAUCAGCCAAAGGAAGCUUUGUUUCCGCAGCUUGCUCCCUGGCACUCGAACCAAAAUGAUCCUCCCUCUUAAGGACGUUGAGAACGUGGAGAAAGAGAAAGGAUUUCGGUUUGGUUAUCAAGGUUUGGUUGUUAUUAUUCGCGGGCAUGAGGAGCUCUUUUUUGAAUUUAACACCGCCGACUCUCGCGAUGACUGUGCGGUCACAUUGCAUCAGAACCUCGAGUCGGUUAAAUUUCUUAUGGAAUCUGGCAUGCUGGCAGAAAAAGAACGUGAGGAGGUCGAAGCCGCGAAAGCUGAACACCGCAUGUUGCAAGAAGCGAGACUUGAUACCCCCGAGGAGCAUUAUUCUCGCCUUGCGUUCAAUGAGGACUCUUCGGAGAUUCAUCCAUUCUUUGAUGACCCGCGCGCAUCGAUCAUCAAUUUCAACCCAACAGAGCCUUUGAAAAUUACGUGUUUGACUAUCGGUUCUCGAGGUGACGUUCAGCCCUACAUUGCUUUGUGCAAAGGGCUUCUUGCCGAAGGUCAUAAACCAAAGAUCGCAACCCAUGCCGAAUUUGAACCCUGGAUUCGAAAACAUGGUAUCGAUUUUGCACCCGUGGAUGGAGAUCCUGCAGAAUUAAUGCGUAUUUGUGUCGAAAACGGGAUGUUCACCUACUCAUUCCUCCGCGAAGCCUCUUUGAAGUUUCGGGGUUGGAUUGAUGAUCUCCUUUCUUCAUCUUGGGCUAGUUGUCAGGGUAGUGAUGUUCUUAUUGAGUCCCCUAGUGCAAUGGCCGGUAUUCAUAUCGCAGAAGCUCUUCGAAUCCCAUAUUUCCGUGGCUUCACCAUGCCCUGGUCGAGAACUCGCGCUUAUCCGCAUGCUUUCGCGGUGCCAGAACAUCGCAUGGGCGGAGCUUACAACUAUAUCACCUAUGUAAUGUUCGACAAUAUUUUCUGGAAAGCGAUUGCAGGUCAGGUCAACCGCUGGCGGAACAAUGAGCUGGGGCUCAAGGCUACUACACUUGACAAGAUGCAACAGAACAAAGUUCCGUUCCUAUACAAUUACUCGCCUUCCGUUGUACCCCCACCGCUUGACUAUCCAGAUUGGAUUCGCAUCACAGGCUACUGGUUCUUGAAUGAGGGAUCGGACUGGUCUCCACCUCCAGAGCUUUCAGCUUUUAUUGCCCGUGCACGGGCGGAUGGCAAAAGAAUUGUCUAUAUUGGCUUCGGAUCUAUCGUGGUGUCAGAUCCAGCUGCUUUGACACGGACUGUUGUCGAGUCUGUUCAAAAAGCAGGCGUUCGCUGCAUUUUGUCCAAGGGCUGGUCAGAUCGUCUUGGGGACCCAUCCAGCACAAAAGCCGAAAUUCCUCUGCCACCAGAAAUCCACCAGAUUCAGUCUGCUCCUCACGAUUGGCUUUUCUCGCAGAUUGAUGCUGCGGCCCAUCACGGCGGCGCGGGCACUACCGGGGCGAGUCUGCGGGCUGGAGUUCCUACCAUUAUCAAGCCGUUCUUCGGCGACCAGUUCUUCUUUGGUUCUCGAGUCGAGGAUUUAGGAGUUGGAAUUUGCAUGAAGAAGCUGAAUGUCAGCGUCUUUUCCCGUUCACUCUGGGAGGCUACUCAUAGUGAACGAAUGAUUGUUAAGGCCCGUAACCUGGGAGCCCAGAUUCGAAAUGAGGACGGUGUUGCUACCGCGAUUCAGUCUCUAUACCGAGACAUGGAAUAUGCCAAGACCCUGGCACAGCAACGAUCCAUUGCCUCGUCUACUCCAUUUUCUCCAACCCCUUCCGCUAAGGCAUCUCCAGAUCAUGCCGAUGAUGAUGUUGAUGAUAUCGGCGAUUGGACCUUUGUCGACGACGAGAACGAUAUCGAGAUUCUGAAACGAAUGCGCGACCGAGCUGCCUCCGAGGCCGAGAAACUGGCCGCGGUCAAGGUCUCGUCCUUGAGAGGUGUUGAAUGA